AUGCUGUGCGAAAAAUGUGAAAAGAAACUUGGUACUGUUAUCACUCCAGAUACAUGGAAGGAUGGAGCUAGAAAUACCACAGAAAGUGGUGGAAGAAAACUGAAUGAACAGAAAAGCCUUACUUCGAAAAAAGCAAGAUUUGAUCCUUAUGGAAAGAAUAAGUUCUCCACUUGCAGAAUCUGUAAAAGUUCUGUACACCAACCAGGUUCUCAUUACUGCCAGGGCUCUGCCUACAAAAAGGGUAUCUGCUCCAUGUGUGGAAAAAAGGUUUUAGAUACUAAAAACUAA